UUCAGGUUUCACACACACACACACAAAAUCACUCCAGUAAGCUUCGUCAUUUCAAUCUCAAACAUUCAGCUGCAGCUCACAACCAUGGCGGCGACGAGAGCCACCGCCGCACUCUGCCUAAUCGCGGCGGCUCUGCUCAUGCUCAUCACCGCGGCUGCGGCGGCGUCCGAUACUUACACGAACCACACCGUGGGCGGCGACGCCGGUUGGUUCUUCAACUCCACCACCAAUAUGACUUCUGCUGACUACAAUGCUUGGGCUGCCAAACAGACCUUCAAUCUCGGAGACUAUCUCAUUUUCAACACUAACACAAACCAAUCGGUGAUCCAGACCUACAACAAGACGACAUUCGCAAGCUGCAGCAUAGACGACUCAUUAGACACCGAUACUUUCGUGUACGACAAUGGCAGCGACGGCCUCGGAAACCCUACUGUCAUAUCCGUUCCAUUAACCAUCGCGUCUACUCAAUACUACUUCUCGGCGGCUGGUGAUGGCAUCCACUGCCGGCAUGGUAUGGCCUUCACCAUCAAGGUGGCGACCGGUCUCGGUCUCCCGCCGAACCUCAACCAGCCGCCUCCUCCGCCCUACGCUCCGCCGCCGGGCCCCUCCGACGAGGGGCCGUCGCCCCCGGUCCCCGUGGUGACCACGAGGCCGAACGGUGGGGUGAGGACUGGCGGUGGUAGUAGCUUCUUGUGGUUGUGUUUGGUGGUUCUUGUUUUGUUAUGAUUAUAGUGUUGUUAUUUGUGGGGUAUACAAAUUUCUUGUUAUGGAGAGUCCAAAUCAUGUUUAGAUUUUUGGGACCUUGGAAUAAUUUUGUUGUUGUUUUUCGGAUUUAAUCACAUGAAAAUUGGGGUAGUGAAUUUUGAGUUGA